AAUAAUUCAAAUAGUUUUUUAAUACAACCAAAAUGGAAAACAAGUUGUUUAAAUCAGAGAUGCAUGUUAUGUGUUAAUGGUACUCCUCGUUGUUUAUGUAUGAACCAUCCUUCUUGGACAUUAAUAUUAAGAGUUGUAUUCUUUUCAUUAUCACAAUUAUACCCAGACAAAGAAUUUUUCAAUCUUAAAAAAGAAGUU